AUGGCAAAAACGCAAAUACGGCAGAAACACAAAUACGGCAGAAACGCAAAUACGGCAAAAACGCAAAUACGGCAAAAACGCAAAUACGGCAAAAACGCAAAUACGACAAAAAUGCAAAUACGGCAGAAACGCAUAUACGGCAGAAACGCAAAUACGGCAGAAACGCAAAUACGGCAGAAACGCAAAUAUGGAAAAAAACGAAAAAGGCAAAAACGCAAAAAAGCGAAAACGCAAAAAAGGCAAAGACGCAAAAAAGGCAAAAACGAAAAAAAGGCAAAAAACCAAAAAAAGCAAAAACGCAAUAAAGGCAAAACCGCAAUAAAGGCAAAAACGCAAAAAAGGCAAAAACACAAAAAAGAUAAAAACGCAAAAAUGACAAAAACGCAAAAAUGA